GUGCUGACGUUACGGCGCGCAGAUGCCGGAAGCGGAACGGGAAGGAGGAGAGGGGCGGGUGGCGCGAGCGGUGGUGGUGCCGGGCACCUCCCGCUGACAGCGCCGUGCCUGCCCCGCCCCGCUCCGCCAGCGACGGGCGCCAGAUUGUCAUUUGAAGAUAGAUGCACUUUUAUUUUAAUAUUUUAAAUCUGCUGAAAGUUUGGGUAAUGAUGGCUCAACUCCAGCAAGGAGUCCCUGAUGAAAAAGAAAAGACUACUGCAUUAAAGGAUUUAUUGUCUAGAAUAGACUUGGAUGAACUGAUGAAAAAAGAUGAGCCACCACUUGAAUUUCCUGAUACUCUGGAAGGAUUUGAGUACAGUUUUAAUGAAAAAGGGCAAUUAAGGCAUGCAAAAACUGGGGAGCCAUUUGUAUUUAAUUAUCGUGAAGACUUGCACAGAUGGAACCAGAAGCGCUAUGAAGCUCUUGGAGAGAUUAUUACUAAACAUGUUUAUGGACUACUGGAAAAGGAAUGCCACUUGAAAAAAGUAACUCUCCCAGUUGAUGCUACUGAGAAUGAACCAAAAAGCUUUAUCUUUAUGAGUGAAGAUGCGUUAACAAAUCCUGACAAACUAUUGGUCCUAAUUCAUGGUAAUGGCGUUGUCAGAGCAGGUCAGUGGGCUAGGAGACUCAUCAUUAAUGAAGAUUUGGACAGUGGCACACAGAUACCAUAUAUAAAGAAAGCUACUGAGGAAGGCUAUGGAGUAAUAGUACUGAAUCCCAAUGAGAACUAUAUUGAAGUGGAGAAGACAAAAGCCCAAGUACAGCUGUCUUCUGAUAGCUCAGAUGAACCUGCAGAAAAGAGGGAAAGAAAAGAUAAAAUGCAGAAGGAAACAAAGAAACGACGUGACUUCUAUGAAAAGUAUCGAAAUCCACAAAAAGAAAAAGAAACAAUGCAGAUGUAUAUUAGAGAUAAUGGAUCUCCUGAAGAACAUGCAAUUUAUGUUUGGGACCAUUUUAUUUCCCAGUCAGCAGCAGAGAACGUGUUUUUUGUUGCUCACAGUUAUGGUGGACUUGCAUUUGUAGAGUUGAUGAUUCAGCGAGAGGCAGAAGUAAAGAAUAAGGUAACUGCUGUGGCGUUGACAGACUCUGUUCACAAUGUGUGGCAUCAAGAAGCUGGCAAAACUAUUCGAGAGUGGAUGCGAGAGAACUGUUGUAACUGGGUGUCAAGCUCUGAGCCACUGGACACAUCCGUGGAGUCCAUGCUGCCCGACUGCCCCCGAGUCUCUGCAGGUACGGAGCGUCACGAACUGACUUCCUGGAAGAGUUUUCCAUCCAUUUUCAAGUUCUUCAGCGAAGCAAUGGAGGCAAAGAACAGUUCAGUGAAGCCAGCCCCAACACGGCGCUCCAAUAGAAUAAAAUAUGAAGAAUUGUAAAAGGAGGAAGGGGGGAAAGUCUCUUUGCUUCUCACUCUCUGCAAGGAGUCUCCCAGCCCCUCAUUAGAUUGUUUUCUUCCUAGAGCACAGGGUCGUGAUGUAUACAUCUAAAUAACGUUUUGCAUUAUUUCUAGAUGAGUGCAACUGUCAAAGCAAUAUGGGUUCACUGGCUGUGCUUCCUGUGGGCUGUAACUUGGAUUUUGUGCUGCCCAUCAACACGCAGAUUAAGGCUGACAGUGGUACUGCACAGUGCAGCAUGGUGCAGCUCUAAUUGCCCUGACAUAGCCCUGCUGGGGCUGUGUUUCUCGAUCCGGUAGUCUUCUCUUUCUUGGCGACCGAGUGGGAUCAGCUCUUCAGUCUUUCUGCUGAUAGGAGGGUCAGAGAAGUUUGGUCCAGAUUUAUGGAAAAGCCCCUUUGUUGUAGAGAUUUUCUCCACCUGCCGGAUCAAUGGCAUUAUCUGUGGAUCUUAUCUUGCUUUUGAAAGCGCCACUUAAAAAAGUGGCUAUUCAUUAACCACCUGGAUCACACUGUGAAAUACGACAGAAAAAAAAAAAAAAAAAGGAAAGGGAAAGGCCACGUUUUCCUGUUUAUUUUUAAA